AUGACGGUAAACCAACGACAUAGUAAAAAUAGUGCUACUAUCGCAGAGAAGAAUAACGGAAAAGAUGAAGGGAUUGUUGCACAGACUGGAAAGACUUGGGGAAGAGAUAGAGGGGUGUUGUAUGCUGUCUUGCCGGCGAAGAUUGGGUAUGGACAAAGAACACCUGCUGGAUAUAUCUUGCCGUACAAGGUAAAUGGACUUCUCGCUUGGACGAUAUCCCACGCUGUCUACCUCGCCGGUGCCUACUACUUUUCUUGGUGGUCUCCAUCCAUAAUCCAUGAUAACUGGGGAUCCCUUCUCAUCGCUGCCAACAUCUACGGGUUCUUCCUCACUUUCUUUGUCUACUUCAAAGCUUACUACUUUCCUACCCAUCCCGCGGAUAGAAAGUAUAGCGGUAGUGUCUUGUAUGAUCUUAUGAUGGGUAUCGAGAUGAAUCCGAGGUUUGGAGAAUUGUGGGAUUUUAAGCUGUUCCAUAACGGACGACCUGGAAUCGUUGCAUGGACCAUGAUCAACUUGAGUUUUGCUGCUGCACAGUAUCAGGCUAUCGGUACGGAAAUAGUGGGGGAGGACGGGGAAUGGAAAAGGGUGUGGGGGAUGUUGGGAUGGGUGAGAGGAAAGACCGGAUGUUAUGUAACAAACUCUAUGAUUCUGCUAAACAUCCUUCAUGCGACAUACGUCCUCGACUUUUUCUACAAUGAAGACUGGUACUUGAGAACAAUCGACAUCGCUCACGAUCAUUUCGGAUUUUAUCUUGCCUGGGGUGAUACUGUCUGGCUCCCGUGGAUGUACACUCUUCAGUCUCACUAUCUGGUCCGUAACCCGGUUGACCUUUCAACGCCAUAUUUCCUAUUUGUCCUUGCGAUGGGUUUCUCUGGAUACUACAUAUUCCGUGCAGUGAAUCAUCAGAAAGACUAUGUACGCCGUGCGGAUGGGAAUUGCAAAGUUUGGGGCAAACCGGCAACGUUUAUCAGAACAAAAUUUAUCACGUCAGAUGGAACGGAGCAUUCGAGUACAUUAAUAACUUGUGGAUAUUGGGGUGAGUAG